AUGCGAGAAAUUCUUCAAAUUCAGGCUGGCCAAUGUGGUAAUCAAAUUGGCACAAAGUUUUGGGAGGUGAUUUCGGAUGAACAUGGUAUAAAACCAGAUGGCACAUAUCAUGGUGAAUCGGAUUUGCAACGCGAGCGUAUUAAUGUUUACUACAAUGAAGCAAGCAAUGGUCGUUACGUCCCUCGCACUGUUCUGGUUGAUCUAGAACCCGGUACAAUGGAUUCAGUUCGCAACAGUCCAUACGGGAAGCUCUUUCGUCCCGAUAAUUUUGUUUUUGGUCAAAGUGGUGCUGGUAACAACUGGGCCAAAGGACAUUAUACAGAAGGAGCAGAACUAGUUGACAGCGUUCUGGAUGUCGUCAGAAAAGAAGUUGAAGGAUGCGACUGCUUGCAGGGUUUUCAACUCACUCAUUCGUUGGGAGGCGGUACAGGCUCAGGCAUGGGUACGCUAAUGAUUUCAAAAAUUCGUGAAGAGUAUCCGGACCGUAUCAUGAGUACAUUUUCAGUCGUUCCAUCACCAAAGGUUUCGGAUGUCGUACUGGAACCAUACAAUGCUACUCUAUCAGUUCAUCAAUUAGUUGAAAAUACAGAUGAGACAUUCUGUAUCGACAAUGAGGCAUUGUAUGAUAUUUGCUUCCGAACUUUGAAGUUAUCAGAUCCCAACUAUAACAAUCUCAAUCAUUUGGUCUCAAUGACAAUGUCUGGAGUAACAACUUGUCUUCGUUUUCCUGGCCAACUUAAUGCUGACCUCCGUAAAUUGGCGGUAAAUAUGAUUCCGUUUCCACGUCUCCAUUUCUUCAUACCGGGAUUUGCACCACUUUUUGCACUCAAUUCAGCUGCCUAUCGCGCUCUGACCGUUGCUGAACUCACACAGCAGGUUUUCGAUGCAAAGAACAUGAUGGCAGCAUGCGAUCCACGACAUGGCCGUUAUCUUACGGUAGCGGUUAUGUUCCGUGGCUCGAUGUCGAUGAGCGAAGUGGACAGUCAGAUGUUCAAUGUACAGGAUAAGAAUUCAUCGUAUUUCGUGGAGUGGAUUCCAAACAAUGUUAAAACAGCUGUUUGUGAUAUUCCACCACGCGGCUUAAAAAUGAGUGCAACUUUUAUUGGUAAUUCGACAGCUAUCAUGGAGCUUUUUAAACGUGUCUCGGAACAGUUUACUGCAAUGUUCCGUCGUAAGGCUUUUCUUCAUUGGUACACUGGCGAAGGGAUGGAUGAGAUGGAAUUUACUGAGGCAGAAAGCAAUUUGAAUGAUCUCGUGUCGGAAUAUCAGCAAUACCAGGAUGCUACCAUUGAGGAUGAUGAUGAAUACAAUGAGAGUGGCAGUGAUAUAUAUAAUAAUCAGGUUGAACCGGAAUAUUAA